AUGUUAUUAAAUAGUUAUGUGAAUAAAUAUCUAAUAAUUAUUUUCAUCAUUAUCAAUAAAACAUCAAGUACAGUUCUUUCUUACAAUCAACCAAAAUUCUCUUCAAAUGCGUCAUGGAAUCCAAAUGCCAUUAAAUUUGCAGAUAUCAAUACGGUUGGCUCAUUUCCUUGGAAUGUUUUUGUCAAUAUCAACAACACUGUUUAUGUGACUGCUACUAAUCUUCAUGAAGUUAAAGUAUGGUCAGAAGGAAGAAUCAUUCCGACAACAAUCAUCUCUAAUGGUUUGUCUUCUCCAUUAAGUCUCUUUGUCACAAUUAAUGGUGAUAUCUAUGUUGGCAAUAGUAAAAAUGGUCGAGUGGACAUGUGGACACAAAAUACUACAGAUAGUAUUCCAGCAAUGUAUGUCCGUAGUCCUUGUUUCAGUCUCUUUGUUGAUAUCAAAAAUACUCUUUAUUGUUCUCUUCAAACUCUUCAUCAAGUCAUCAAAAGAUCACUGAACAGUAUUUCAAAUGUGACAACAAUUGCUGCAGGCAAUGGAUCUGCUGGAUCAGCAUCAAAUAUGCUUUCUAGUCCUCGAGGAAUCUUUGUUGAUACUAAAUUUAACUUGUAUGUAGCAGAUUGUGUGAACAAUAGAAUUCAAUGUUUUCAAGUAAGAGAAUUGAAUGGAAAAACAGUAGCUGGAAAUGGAGCACCAUCAACAAUUACACUUUCGUGUCCAAGUGGAAUCGUACUUGAUGGUGAUGGUAAUCUAUUCAUUGUAGAUAAAGAUAAUCAUCGUAUAAUUGAAUCGGGAGAAAAUGGUUUUCGAUGUGUAGUUGGUUGUCAUGGAAAAGGUUCAGCACCUAAUCAAUUAUCAAACCCAACGUCCCUUAGUUUCGAUAGUUACGGAAACAUAUUUGUCACGGAUCGUGGAAAUAGUCGAAUUCAAAAAUUUUUUUUAUCAAUUUAUUCCUGUGGUAAGUACAAAGAUAUGUAG